AAAGGUCAUUCCCUUGACGGCGAUGAAGAGACCCCGGACUUCGCCGUCGCUCUCCGUGCCGGGAUAUCCGCCACCGCCGUCACCUCCGGUGACGCCGGUCCCAAGUCAAAAGCUCUACAGAACAGGGAAACCUAAGUGGUUCACGUUGAAACUCGACCGAUCGGAGCUCUCGCUGCCGUUAACCUUCCCUACCGGUCAAACUUUCCGGUGGAAGCAGACCGGAGAGAUUCAGUUCACCGGAGCGAUUGGGCCCCACCUCGUCUCUCUCCGCCACCUGUCUGAAGACGGCGCCGUUUCGUACUGCCUCCACCGCACGGCCGAUUCGGCAGCGGCGGAGCGCGCGCUGCUCGAUUUCCUCAAUGCCGAGAUCUCGUUGGCCGAGCUUUGGUCUGGUUUCUCGGAGAAGGAUCCUCGGUUCGCUGAGCUGGCGAGGCAUCUCCGUGGCGCGCGUGUGCUGAGGCAGGAUCCGCUCGAGUGCCUGAUGCAGUUCUUGUGCUCGUCGAACAAUAACAUAGCGAGGAUUACAAAGAUGGUGGGUUUCAUCUCGUCGUUAGGGUUUCAUCUGGGUAGCGUUGGUGGAUUGGAGUUUCAUCAGUUCCCAUCAUUGGACCGGCUAUCCUCGGUUUCAGAGGAAGAGCUUAGAGAGGCUGGUUUUGGAUACAGAGCCAAAUACAUAACAGGUACAGUACAUGCUUUGCAAUCAAAACCCGGUGGCGGCACAGAAUGGCUUCUAUCCCUACGUAAAUUGGAUCUCCAGGAUGCAAUUGAUGAGCUGUGUACAUUACCGGGUGUUGGUCCGAAGGUUGCAGCAUGCAUAGCUCUGUUUUCUCUUGACCAGCAUAGCGCCAUUCCCGUUGACACGCAUGUCUGGAAGAUUGCCACGAGCUACCUGCUACCAGAGCUUGCUGGUGCCAGACUAACGGCUAAACUCUGCAGCCGAGUGGCAGAGGCAUUCGUGAGAAAAUACGGGGAAUAUGCCGGUUGGGCACAGACGUUGCUUUUCAUCGCGGAAUUACCCGCACAAAAAGCUCUACUGCAAUCAUAUUCCCAGUCCAUCCAAGAGGAUAAGCACAUAUCUGCAGAAAAAGGAAGGAUUUUGAAGCUAGCUGCCAUGAAAAACGAAGCCAUGACCGUACGGAAAAAUGUUUCCGGUCCUUGAUUUAGGACCAAAUCAGCAACUUGGUCUUGUCCAAGAGCAUAUAUAUUGUUGGUUAAGGAUGAGACUGUCCUCCUGACUGAGCUUCAUGCCCUUAACAUGAUGUUAUGAACUUGGAGUGAAUAAUGAUCUAAUAAUAGCAUUUAGUAAAAUUCUUUCUUUAUUA